AUGUGCCAUUAAAUUGAUCUCAUGUAGUUCUUUGAAGCACAACUGACUCCAUUAGAUGCACCCUCUAGAAAUCAUUACAUUAUUUAUAAGGGAGUACAGAUUAAAUAUUAAUUUCACACAAAGUUAUUUAUUAGCAAUGAAUGUACUACAUUAUUAUUGUAUGCUAUAAAAGGCUAUGAAUUCAAAUGUCUCCUUGGCACAAGAAUUCAAACCAUUCCAAAGAGAACCAUUUAGGAAUUUGGUCUACCUUCCGUUAAAUUUUGUGUAAUCACUUUAUUUGUUUACACAUCAUCACCAGUGUAAACACAACUUUAGAUUACCAUUUAGCAUAAAUUAAUUAUUAAAAUUAGAAAAUUUUUUAUAGUCUAUGCAAGAUUAAUUCUAUUAGCAUCCUGCAGUACCUUAACAACUUAUCACUAUCAUAAGUUAACAUUUCUAUUAAAAUUUUCAGGAUCACCAACUGUAUCGUUUUGUUUGCAUAUCCCAUCUGAAUUCUGA